UUUGUUUUAAGUUAUGUUUGUUUUUAAAACAAUUGCUUUAUUUUACUUGCUAUAAAGUUAAAUGUUAACAUGUCAUCGUUGGAAUAUACAGAAGCUCCACUGGCAUGGUGGUCAAAACAUCCGCUGACGCUACAAAAUGGCGGCAGUUGGCACGAAAACGAUGUCAACAACAACAAUAGCCGACAUAAACCUGAUUUUUGUCAGAUUCAACAUCUUCCAGCACCUACGUGGGCUGAGAAUGAGAUAAAAUAUACGACUCCAAAUAACAGGAGGAAAGUUGACGACAACAAUGAUGAAGGAUAUUUCAGUAACAAUGUGAGCCCCUUGAGCAUACCUGAUGGAGAAAUAGUAAAACCCGUUGAUUUACCCAGAUUGAAAGAAUACCAAGGUAACGAAGGAAAUGAAUGGAAAAUUUCCGGAGGUUUAUUGCUUCGUCACUGGACCCGAGACGAGCCCGAGACGUGUAACCAGCAGAUCAAAGAUUUUUCAAAAGUUGAAAAUUAUAUAUGA